AUGGGCGAUGACAGUCACUCCGAUACCGUCGAGGUCAAAGGGGAUUGGCGGGCCUUCAGAGCGGCGCUGGUGAACCAGGAGCACGCGCACCGCCAGCGCUUCAACCAGCAGCAGCAGGCGAACCACGUCGUCACGAACCUCUCCGCCGCAUCGACCGCGUACAGCCGAAGGCAGGCUUCGAAGAUAACCCCCGGAGACUGGGCGCACGUCCUCCCGGAGGCGGAGACGGGCUGCCUAUUACUCGCGCCCGAAACCGAAGAGGGCUGGUGGCGCCACUCCGUCGUCCUCGUCCUCAACCACGACGCGGAAGGGAGCACCGGCGUCAUCCUCAACAGGCCGACAAACGCGCAGCUCAAAAACGUGGUGCCCGAGAUUGACUACUCGGCCCCACACCACCGCGUGCUCGCGAACAGGCACGUGAGCAUGGGCGGUCCGAUGGGCACGGAGAAGGGCGCGAGGUGUCUCGUGGCGCUGUCGCACACGCGGUUGGACGGGGCGACGUCCGAGGUAUUCCCGGGGCUCUGGCACGUCAGCGACUUCAGCGCCGUCAAGCCGGAGCACGAGCCGAGCCUGAUGGUGUUCGUGGGGUACUGCGGCUGGAUGUCCGGGCAGCUCAACGCCGAGGUUGCGGCAAACGGUUGGACCGUCGCCGCGGCUUCGGCGGCGAACACGCUCGCGCUCGUGAACGCCUCGGCUCGCGCCGGGGACGUCAUGGGCGAGAGCAUGUGGGCCACGAUGCGGGGCAGGCUCGGGUACCCGAGGCCGGGAAACCUCGGGUACGAUACCCCCAACUUUGGCGCGGAGGGUCCGCUGUGA